UCUCACUUGAAAAGUUGAAAGUUAUACUAUAAAUUUUUAAUAAUAAUCGAUAUGAAGUAUAAUUUUAAUAGACUGAUAUUUUUGUUGAUUAUAAUAUCAAUGCUUAACGAAAUUAGUGCUUUACGUUGUUUUAAAUGUGAUUCAACAAGAGAUGAAAAUUGUGCUAUUGACCCAGAACAUCCUGACUUAAAAUUCGCAGCAUGUGAAUCUUUAUUAAGCAAAUGUGCUAUGUCUGUAGUUGGACUAAUAACAUAUCGUGGAUGCUCAGAUGAAAUACAUAAAGGCGAAUAUUAUCGUGAAUGUGAUAAGGAUUUGUGCAAUGACAAAAUUUGGCCACCAGGUCGCCUAAAAUGUUUUCAAUGUGAUGGAAAAGAAUGUAUCCAAGAACAAAAAGCCAAAUCUAAACCAUGUGUAAGAUUCUUAGAAGAAGAUACAUGUUUCACUGAUAUAAUAAACAAGGAAUAUGCCAUCAGAGGAUGUAUAUCCGAUAAUAAAACUUUGACAGCUAAUGUUAAAAAGUGUGCAUACAAUUCAUGUAAUUAUGAAAUUGCAAUGUUAACCUUAUGAAAAUUAUAGGACACAAUAAAAUAAUAUUUCAUUACUUAACUCUUUAAAGAACAAGUUUUCCUCUUUUCACGCAAAUUAUUAUUGAUUUUAAAAAAAAAAGAGAAACAAUAGAUGGAGAUUGCUACAGAUGGUAAACCUUUUAAUAUGACGGAAGCACUUUGGGCA